CAGUUUGUUCGGUUUGGGACAAGAUUGACUUGCAAUGUCAGUUGCCAGACGGGCGGCGAGUCGAUCGCGACUUUCGAUUUCGUUCGGCACCCGCGGCAUAGCCAUUAUCAUUCUGGCUGUUUCACGGAGAAUUUGUGCAUGGCUGUUUCACGGAGAAAAAUUUGAUUCAUUUAAUUAAUUGGGUGAUUAGCUAUCGAUUAUAAAAGCUAUAUUAGGUUUUGAUUUUUGGGCAGACAGUGGAAGAAAGUUGCUUGACAGUUUCCUGACAGUUGAAGUUUACUGAAAGUUGAGUCUCUCUUUUGCGUAAAAGUGAUUAGUAACUUUUCUUUCUGUGCACUCUGCUGGCCCUGCCAACUCAGAGUAAUUAUCUCCUCGAGUUCCGAGUUCCGCGUCCAGACGUCCUCAGAAUCGUCUUCAGCAUCAGUCUGUCAAGGCAAGUCGAAUACUCAACAUGUGGCUGCUCCUACCCAUCCUACUCUACUCGGCGGUGUUCCUGUCCGUGCGGCACAUCUACAGCCACUGGAAGCGGCGGGGAUUUCCCUCGGAGCGGGCUGGCAUCACAUGGACUUUCCUGCGGCAGGCCUACCGGCGGGAAUUCCGGCACGUGGAGGCCAUCUGCGAGGCCUACCAGGCGGGUAGGGACCGGCUCCUGGGAAUCUACUGCUUCUUCAGGCCCGUGCUGCUCGUGCGGAGCGUGGAGUUGGCCCAGACGAUCCUCCAGCAGUCGAACGGUCAUUUCAACGAGCUGAAGUGGGAUUACGUGAGGGGAUACCGUAGAUUCAACCUGCUGGAAAGGCUGGCCCCAGCGUUCGGGGCCAAAAGACUGGCGGAUAUGUUCGGGCUGGUCCAGAAAGUGAGUGAUCAUCUAAUCAGCCACCUCCUGGACAAGGAUCAGGCCAAGGAGGGAGUCCUCGAAGUGGACAUGCAACAGAUCUUGAGAAUUUAUUCCAUCAACAUCAUCGGCAACCUCAUCUACGGCUUGGAUGUCAACAAUUUCGAGCAGAAGGAUCAUAUUUUCACAAGCUUCUUGAGUCGGGGACACUCCACCAUCCAAUCCUUCACUCUAAGCCGUCUGCCCCAGAAAUCCUCCUUCACCUACCGGCUCAGGGAUCUCAUAAAACAAAGCGUCGAGUUGCGCGAGGAUCAUGGUCUCAUACGCAAGGACAUACUACAACUUCUAGUGAGAUUCAGGAAUGGCAACGAAGUCAGUGGCGAAAAGUGGCAGAUAGAAAAAAAUCAAGAAAAGUGUCUCUCCAUAAAGCGCCUGGCAAAGGUGGCUGAGGACUUGCUAAAGGUGUCCUUAGACUCUGUAGCAUCCACGGCCACCCUCUCCCUCUUUGAGAUCCUGCAGGAACCCCUGAUUGUGGAGAAACUCCAGGCGGAAGUCAGCGAUUUGAGUAAUGAGAAUGGUCAGCUCAAGUUUGAGGAGCUCGACGGCCUUAAGUACAUGGAUAUGUGCUUGAAAGAGACUGUCCGGAAGUACCCGCCAGUGCCCAUUAUUGAGAGGAUCUGCCGGAAGACGUAUUCCCUGCCCAAUUCCAAGCUCACUAUAGACGAGGGCAAGACCCUGAUGGUGCCUCUGCUGGCCAUCCACAGGGACGAAAGGUACUUCAGUGAGCCUAUGAAGUACAAGCCCCUCAGAUUCCUGGCGGAGAAUGGAGCAGGUCCCUGCCAGAAGGAGAGCAAAAACAACGCCUUCAUAGGCUUCGGCAUUGGCGGCGCCCACUGCGUCGGCCAAAACUUUGCCAAGCUGGUAAUCAAGGUGGCGCUCGUCAAGCUCCUUCAGAACUUCCGCCUGGAACUUAACCCCAACCUGGCCGAGACGAUGGAGGUCACCCACCAGCCGGCGCCCUUCAUCCGGACUCGGGACGGACUCAAAGUAAAGUUGAGGAGACGCGAAAUAAAGCCCUCAUUUUAUCGCUAAACUAAGUUAGACUCUAAGGGAACCCUUUAAGCUGCCAGGUCCUUUAAUUUGUGCAUCCUUUUCAACACUUUGUUGGCACGACACCUGAAAUUAUGCUAUAAAUAAAAUCCAGUAUAUUAUGGUCGCUGA